AUGUCCAUCCAGCCUGCAGGGUUCCAGGUGGUGGUGGCUGGUGAGGCCUCGGAAUCGGAGGAUUCAGAUGGGGAGGUGGCUGCUAUACUGGAGGGGGGUGCUGGCAGGGGGGGCAUGCCAGACCCCGCCCAGAAAGCGGGCGUGGUCGUGAGCGGGGAGGCCUCGGAGACCGACGACGAGUCAGACACAGAGCUGGGGGCAGAGGUCACCGCAGCGGACAGGCAGCAGCAGACAGCAACAUUAACAGCAGAAGCACCAUCAGAGAGUGAAGGACAGUCUCAUGCGGGAAAACCGGAGGCCGAUAAAAUCCCUGCCAAGUACAACACUCUGCUGCACAAGAAACUGGACGAGAGGAACAGGAGUUUAAAGAAGAAUAUUAAAGAAUUUCUGUCAGCCUCAUAUCACCAUGGCAACAGAACCAUCCACACCUCCACGGAACAUCUCAUCAAGUCCAAGGCUGCUCUGCAGGACGUGACCCAUAACCUUAGUGUUAUCCAGCGAGACCUGGUCAGUCUGCAGGAGAAAGUGGACAUCAUCUCCACGUGCAAUCUACUGCCACAGCUAACUGUUCCACCAAGGCACACAGCAGCACCAUCCAGCUGA